UGACGGUUUUUGACUGAACGUACAAACUGACACAGGGUCGGUGGAGGCAAUAGCGUGCCAGCGGUGAUCGUGGAGUAUGAAACGCAGGCACGCUAUUGGGUGGAACCGACGAUACUGCAGAGACCGCGCCCCCAACUCCGCACGUGAUUGGCUAAGCAGAAUGUCCAUUAAACCUUCAGCAAUUUCCAGACAGACCACUACCCAUCUCUUAAUAAGCCGUCCUUAACAAAAUCGACGACAGUUUACUGGUAAAAGGGAUAAUUCUCUUUCUCGGUUCCCAAAAUGCCGCCUAUUGACAAUAUCGAUCGGCGUAGCAGGGCGCCUUUGUGAGACAAGGAUUGACUCCCGCAACGAUCAGCCAGCCUCAGAUCCCAUAGUUGCCAGCCUCCCUCAGUAUGGCCACGGUGGUGAUGGAGCAGAUUGGCCGGCUAUUCAUCAACGCCCAGCAGCUGCGGCAGCUCCGGCAGGUGCCCCGACUGCUGGAGUCAGCUUUUCCCAAGCUGCCGUGCACUAUGGAGGCUGCCGAUGUGCCCUGGGUGUUCCGUGAGCCCCACAUCCUAGCCGGCUACCGCCCGCCAGACCAGAGCUGGCGCUACUAUUGCCUGACGCUCUUCCAGCGGCAUAAUGAGGCCGUGAACGUGUGGACUCACCUGGUGGCAGCCUUGGUCAUCCUGGUCAAGUUCCGGCAGGUGGCAGAGACGGUGGACUUCCUGCGCGACCCCCACGCCCAGCCCUUCUUUAUCGUGCUCUUGGCCGCCUUCACCUACCUGGCCUGUAGCGCCUUGGCGCACCUGCUCUCGGCCAAGUCGGAGAUGUCUCACUACACCUUCUACUUCCUGGACUACGUGGGCGUGGCCAUCUACCAGUUCGGCAGUGCCCUGGCGCAUUUCUACUACGCCAUCGAGGAGGAGUGGCACAUGUGGGUGCGUGGCAUCUUUCUGCCGGCCUCCGCCUUCCUGGCCUGGCUCUCCUGCACUGGCUGCUGCUAUGGCAAGUACGCCAGUGGCCGGCUAUCGCGCACCUCCCACAAGCUCUUCCAGGUGGUGCCGUCAGGUCUGGCGUACUGCCUGGACAUAAGCCCCGUGCUCCACCGCAUCUAUAGUUGCUGGCAGCAGGGCUGCACCGACCCUGCUGUGGUCUACCACGGCUACCAGGUUCUCUUCUUCGUGGCCGGCGCCUACUUCUUCGCCUGGCCUCACCCGGAGCGCUGGUUCCCGGGCCGCUGUGACUUCGUGGGCCAGGGUCACCAGAUCUUCCACGUUCUUUUGGUGCUGUGCACACUGGCGCAGCUGGAGGCCGUGCGGCUGGACUACGGCGCACGGCGGCUGUUGUACGAGCGCCUCCAUGGUGACCUGGCGCACGACUCGGUGGCCCUGUUUGUCUUCACGGCAUGCUGCAGCGCGCUCACCGCCUUCUACAUGCGGAAACGCGUCCGCGCCCUCCUCAGGGAAAAAGAGGCGUAGGCAUGUUCGGGGGAGCAGGCACUCACACAGACACACACACACAUACACACACACACACACACACACACACACACACAAAACAAGAGCUGAGGAAAAACAUUGAACGUUUUUAUUCUAUAUCGAUAACAACAAAACCACGCUGUGCCCAAGACCUCAUUUUAAUUUUCACCUGGUCUGACAAAACUCUGUAGUAGCCAGACCUCUGAAAGGAGGAAUAUCUUUUGAAUUCUCACCAAGUCUUGUGAAUUGUGAUGAAUGCCUUUUACGAGAGAUGGGGUUCCCUCAAUAACUGCCCAGACCCUCAGCUGUCUUUUGGUGUGUAGGCAAUCCCUGAAAUAAGCAAAGUCAAGUACAGUAUUUUCUGUUAAACAAGUUAAACAAGUUCACUGUUAAAAAUGGUUUCCAUUAAAAAAAAUGAAUUUGGCCAGUAGGUGGGGACAAAGCUGAAGUAAUGGUUUUGAAUAGAAUCUGAGCUAUGGGAGGCUCGUGUCAUAGGCUUAGCAGAAAGCUCAGUGUAUGUUUGCCCAGCUGAAAGCAUGGUCCUCUCUGCUUUCUCUGGAGAUGGACACAACUGAGACUAAGGAGGUCAAGUUAUGUGAAAGCGACUUGUCCCGGAACUGCCUAAUCUCUCUGUUCACUGUUGUUGAGAAAGACCGUCAAGGACUGCUAGACCCCCUGGACCUUAAUCAGGAACAGGCGGUUCUGCAGCUUACAGAGAUUCGGCAGGCUUUCACACCUACAAUUUCUGUCUGAAAGAUGCCAUAAUUUUAAGAACGGAUUACCAGUCCUGGUCCCAAUGGGACAGUGUAUGCACUGGUUUAUGUUCUAGUGCUUGUCUGAAUUAUGUUCCUGAUUUAACUAAUUUAGUCUACUUUGUCAGUACUAAGGAUGGUAGCAUUCUACAGUUGUGUAUAUACACUGUUGCUUACCAAGACUAGAUUUAGAGACGCUUGAUUUGGAUUGUAAAUACGUCACAUUCAUGGAUAUUUGGUAGUAAGCAUGACCUUUGACCUUCAAAAUGCAGAAUAGGUCAGGUUUCAACUGAGCUACCAUAACAGACUUACAUGCCACAGCCUAGAAGCCCGAUUACUGCAGCCAGGGAGGUGGGAAGUAAUUGCCAGUAACUGAGUGUGAGCUGCAGAAUCACUAUGGAGACCGUUAAAUGUAUCACUAGGUUACAUCCUUUUGAAAUAAAAAUCAGUUCCCUUGGUGGUGUUUCAGUCUUCAAAACAUUCUUUAGCAUUAAAACAUUAUUCUCUUAUAACCAAAUUACAUACAAUAUAAAUUGUCUCCCAGGUGUAUUAGGAAUAACAAAACUAACCACAUGAUUUUUUUUUUAUGACGAGAUUGUAGCUGCCCCCAGCUUGGCCUGAUAUUAUUCUGCGCACAGUUUGUUCACUUUUUUUUAGUACCAGAUGGACUUUAACUGCCCUAGAUUGCCAUUGUGUCUGUUUGCCUUUGGAACAAGGUUCCUUUUGUGUCUGAAGGGUUGUGCCCUUGGCCAUUCCACUUCGGCAAUGCCUUUGUGCAUAGUCCAGGAAGGUGGAUAUUUUCGGUUAAAGUGCCACUCAGCACUUUACUCAGUAUGAUGUCUUUGAAGCCACGUCAUGCACCUGUAUUUGUGUGUGGGUGAGACUGAGGGGCUGUCAGGGACCGAACCGCAUGACCGUUUAUUCUACUUCUGGCAUUAGUCUGUCUGAUGUACCUAUAGAGUAGUGAUGGGCAAAUGAAGCUUCAUGAACCACUUGCUAUAUUUUCUGACUCCACUAGAUGGUGCUUUCUCUUCAAAAAAAGGCUCAAAGCAUGCCUCAAAGCAAGCCAAGAGCACCAUCUAGUGAAGUAAAAAAAUACAAGAUAUGGUUCAUGAAGCUUCAUUUGCCCAUCACUACUAUAGAGUAUCUAUUCAAGGACUCAAGGGUUUUCUCCAAGAGGGUCCUUUGAUUAAUAGAGUUCUUAUUUCACCCCAGUGCCACAUAGCAGUCUCCCAUCAGUGGGCACAGAAAAAUUAGGCUGCGUUUUGGAGGAUCAUUUGAUGAUGUCAUAAUGUGCUGUUACUGAAGAUGAUGUCAGAGAGACAAGAAUAAUUAGGAGAUGCUUAUGUUUUUUCUGGAUUAUGCACUGAGAACGGCAGACAUGAGCAAUAUAGUGGCUCCAUCAGAAGUGAUUCACCUGAAGGAAAUGAUUUUUUUGGUGGAAAUACUUUUUCUCAGAAAAAAACGCAUGUGAAAAAUUUCAACGUGAUAACCAAUAAUGGCAAGAGCCAAUGUUUUGUAAACCUCUUGCACUUAUCCAAAUUGCCAUGGUCUUGUAUUUAUAUUGUAUGUUCAUAAAUGCUAUGACUAAUAAUUCUCAUUUUUAGUGAUGCACACAAAUUCUAAUAUUCUGACCAUGUACAACUGAGUUUAUUAAUAUGUUCAGUAUUGGUGUUAUAUUUAUAUUGUCUGAAUAUGAAAUAAGGCCUUAAAUUUGUAAGGUGCGGAUUUAUGGAAUUUCAAAGCUAGAGGAUGCCAACAUGGGUGCCAUUUUGCUGCUGAUGUGACUGCUGUAACAGCCCAUUGACAAGCAUGAACACAGCACAAAUUUAGGAUUUAGGUGUAAGAGCAGACAGUUCUAUUGAGAGAUAGUAGACAUAGAAGUUUGCAUGGAGGGAGGAAAUUAGGUCGCAAUCUAAACAUGAACUUAGUGCUAAAGAUCAAAUAGAAACGGGAUCAGUUACAGAAUUAAGGAAAGGAAAGUGGCAUAGGGGAGGUAAUAGGUCACAGCAGGGGGAUCUGGUCAGCACAGGAACAAGGGGAUCACAUGAGAGACUCGAGAGCCCUGAGAGACGAGAGCAGAAAGAUGAGGUUCCUGGAGGGAAAUUGGGAACUGAAGCUGCUUAGAGAGGAAUCAGACCAAUCAAGCCAGCCGGCUGUUAUGACUCUCUCAUGGUUGGCUACUGCAUGUGCCCCAGGGCAGUGUUGGCACCAGCAGGGUCUGACAUAUCAGGCUGGGCCCUAGAUAUGAUGAGUAUGUUCUGAAGAAGCACUUGUACGAAUGAUGCCUACAAAAGAAAUCUAACAAAGAAAAGCCUGACUUGUUUGUAAGUUGAUGUAAUGUGGUAUUUAAGCAAAUAAACGAACGAAGUUAA